GUGGGCUGAGCAAGAGCGAGCGAGCUCUGGGGCUGCGGCGAUCUCUCGAUAAGCCACCUAGAGGCGACUCUGUGCGCGCGCGCUCCCCAGUGGCUCCCCGCCCUCCCUCUGAUCAUGUUGACAUAUUCACAGGACAGGCAGUAGUACCGAUGCGGCGCUGCGACGUUACAGUUUCCGACACCUUCUUUUUAUAACUCGGCUCUAUCCCCCAGCACUCGACCUGUGAAAACCACGCCUAUGCAGCAACACAAUUGGUCCGAAAGCGUCAAAGAGCCAAUCAAGAGGCCUCCGGCUCCCCGCAGCCCACGGCAGAGCCCGACCUUCUAGAGCCGCCGAGCAGACGCCCGGGGAAUUCUAGAGGCGGAGGAGGGUGGCGAGGAGCUCUUGCUCGCUUUCUCUCGCUCCCUCCCUCUCCUCGCGCUCCCUCUCCCGCUCCGUGUCUCUCUCUCUCUCUCUCUCUCCCUCCUUUCCAUUUUUCCCCCCUAAAUCCUCCCUGCCCUGCGCGUCUGGACGCAGAUUUAGGAAGCGAAUUCGCUCACGUUUUAGGACAAGGAAGACAGGCGCGGGAGAAGAGCAGGCAAGAUUCGGAUUGAAACGCAGACACCCUCCGGAGGCUCGGAGCGGAGGAAGGAGGAGGAGGGCGAACGGAAGCCAGUUCGCAGUUCAAGUUUUGAUAGCGCUGGUAGCACAGGGCUUCAAUCAGAGAUUUUUUUUUUUUCAAGGAGAGAGACUUUUUCCGCUCGCUCGCUCGCUCGCUGUGAAAGCCGAGUCUAGCGCAACUGCAGACGCCUCCUGCGAGAAAGAGGGAGAGGAAGGGAGAUAGGGGCGGGGAAGAAGCAGAAGAAGAAGGGAAAAGUCUCCUAGGAGAAGCGUCCGCAUUUGCAACAAAGAGCUGGGGGCUGGGGAGCGGUUCCCGGGACCGAGGGCUGCAGUGUCUAUUUCGAGUUAAGCGGCAGAGCUCGGGCGCGAGCCGAGACCCUGCUCGCUCCUCUCGCCUCUGAAACCGACUUCCAGGAGCGGCUUUUUAAACACGCAAGGCACAAGGACAGUCACCCAAGCGACUAUGUCUCCUGAUUUCUCGCCUUGCCCUCUUUAAAAGCGGCAUUCUCCUCCCCAAAAGACACUUUGCCCCCCUCCCUUUGAGGUGAUUUAGCUGUGAUUUUUUUCCUUUCUCCUUUUUUUUUUUUUUUUUUUUUUUUUUUUUUUUUAACUAUGUGCUGCUGUUGAAAAACAAAAACAAAACAGCAGCUGCGGACUUGUCCCCGGCUGGAGCCCAGCGCCCCGCCUGGAGUGGAUGAGUCUCUCCAUGAGAGAUCCGGUCAUUCCUGGGACAAGCAUGGCCUACCAUCCGUUCCUACCUCACCGGGCGCCGGACUUCGCCAUGAGCGCGGUGCUGGGUCACCAGCCGCCCUUCCUCCCCGCGCUGACGCUGCCUCCCAACGGCGCGGCGGCGCUCUCGCUGCCCGGCGCCCUGGCCAAGCCGAUCAUGGAUCAAUUGGUGGGGGCGGCCGAGACCGGCAUCCCUUUCUCGUCUCUGGGGCCCCAGGCGCAUCUGAGGCCUCUGAAAACCAUGGAGCCCGAAGAGGAGGUGGAGGAUGACCCCAAGGUGCACCUGGAGGCCAAAGAACUUUGGGAUCAGUUCCACAAGAGGGGUACCGAGAUGGUCAUUACCAAGUCUGGAAGGCGAAUGUUCCCUCCAUUUAAAGUAAGAUGUUCUGGGCUGGAUAAAAAGGCCAAAUAUAUUUUGUUGAUGGACAUUAUAGCUGCUGAUGACUGUCGAUAUAAAUUUCACAAUUCUCGGUGGAUGGUGGCCGGUAAGGCAGAUCCUGAAAUGCCAAAGAGAAUGUAUAUUCACCCGGACAGCCCGGCUACCGGGGAGCAGUGGAUGUCCAAAGUCGUCACUUUCCACAAACUGAAACUCACCAACAACAUUUCGGACAAACACGGAUUUACUUUGGCCUUUCCAAGAGAUCACGCAACGUGGCAGGGGAAUUAUAGUUUUGGUACUCAGACCAUAUUGAACUCCAUGCACAAAUAUCAGCCCCGGUUCCACAUUGUGAGAGCCAAUGACAUCUUGAAACUUCCUUAUAGUACAUUUCGGACGUACUUGUUCCCCGAAACCGAAUUCAUCGCUGUGACAGCAUACCAAAACGAUAAGAUAACUCAGUUAAAAAUAGACAACAACCCUUUUGCAAAAGGUUUCCGGGACACUGGGAAUGGCAGGAGAGAAAAAAGAAAACAGCUCACCCUGCAGUCCAUGAGGGUGUUCGAUGACAGGCACAGAAAGGAAAACGGCACCUCCGACGAGUCCUCCAGCGAACAGGCAGCCUUCAACUGCUUUGCUCAGUCCUCGUCUCCAGCUGUGUCCACUGUAGGGACAUCGAACCUCAAAGAUCUGUGUCCCAGCGAGGGGGAGAGCGACGCCGAGGCCGAGAGCAAAGAGGAGCCCGGCCCCGAGGCCUGCGACGCGGCCAAGAUCUCCACCACCACGUCGGAGGAGCCGAGCCACGACAAGGGCAGCCCCGCGGUCAAGGCGCACCUCUUCGCGGCCGAGCCCGGCGGCCGGCCCCGGGACAGCGGGCGGCUGGGCAAGGCGUCGCCCGACUCGCGCCACAGCCCGGCCACCAUCUCGUCCAGCACCCGCGGCCUGGGCGCCGAGGAGCGCCGCAGCCCGGGCCGCGAGGGCGCGGCCACCGCCAAGGCCGAGGAGGCGCGCGCGCUGGCCGGCAAGGACGCCUUCGCGCCGCUCACCGUGCAGACGGACGCGGCCGCCGCGCACCUGGGCCAGGGCCCCCUGCCCGGCCUCGGCUUCGCCCCGGGGCUGGCGGGCCAGCAGUUCUUCAACGGCCACCCGCUCUUCCUGCACCCCGGCCAGUUCGCCAUGGGGGGCGCCUUCUCCAGCAUGGCCGCCGGCAUGGGGCCCCUGCUGGCCACCGUGUCCGGGGCCUCCACCGGCGUCUCGGGCCUGGACUCCACGGCCAUGGCCUCGGCCGCCGCGGCGCAGGGACUGUCGGGGGCGUCGGCGGCCGCCCUGCCCUUCCACCUCCAGCAGCACGUCCUGGCCUCGCAGGGCCUGGCCAUGUCGCCUUUCGGAAGCCUGUUUCCUUAUCCGUACACGUACAUGGCCGCCGCGGCGGCCGCCUCGUCUGCAGCGGCCUCCAGCUCCGUGCACCGCCACCCGUUCCUCAACCUGAACAGCAUGCGCCCGCGGCUGCGCUACAGCCCCUACUCCAUCCCCAUGCCGGUCCCCGACAGCAGCAGCCUGCUCACCACCGCCCUGCCCUCCAUGGCCGUGGCCGCGGGGCCCCUGGACGGCAAGGCCGCCGCCCUGGCCGCCAGCCCGGCCUCGGUGGCCGUGGACUCGGGCUCGGAACUCAACAGCCGCUCCUCCACGCUCUCCUCCAGCUCCGUGUCCUUGUCGCCCAAACUCUGCCCGGAGAAAGAGGCGGCCACCAGCGAACUGCAGAGCAUCCAGCGGUUGGUCAGCGGCUUGGAAGCCAAGCCGGACCGGUCCCGCAGCGCCUCCCCAUAAGCCCCUCCCCAGAAAAGUCUCUUCAUUCCAGUCCAGUCUGCAGUGCACUUUGUUGGAUGUAAACUAAACCACGGGCGUGCGGUGGGCAGUGCAGCCCUCCUUUGUGCGGUCCUGUCUAGGAAGGGGUGCCGGACUCCCUCGAGAGAACGUGCUAGAAACAGGCCCUGUCUUGGCGUGGUUUAUAUAUCCGGGAUCUGGCUCAGAUUCUGGGGCUCAGAAACGUCUGUUGUGCUGAGCUCUUGGGGGUGGGAGUUAAUGCAUUUCUGUCCAGGACCCUCCAGGGAGGCUGGUCUGCUUGCUGUGGGGAGAAGAAAGAAAACCCUAGCCAGGCCCACCAGGAGGGGAGGUGUGCAAAGGCUCCCCCCCCCCAGGGCAGAUUUAUAUAUUUUUUUCCUUCACCGUGUCAAGUGGAAACAAAAACAAAUAAAAUUUAAAAAAAAUAUAUACCGGGGACAAAUUAAUACAUUAACAUGAUUCUGUUUGUGAAGAUUAAAACUUUCUAGUGACUUGCCUAUCAGUUCUAAAUAAAUUACUGAGCAGCAGUGUUCCGGGGCGGGGAGCUGCCAUCCUUGUUUAGUCUCUAUUAAGGAAAUCUGUGUCUUUUUAAUAUUCUUGUGAUGUUUUAAGAGCCACUAUAGGUCUCUUCUUGCAUGCUCCACAGUAAUGUAUUCGUGGUUUUUAUUUUGAAUGCUUGCUUUUAGAGAGAACAUGCCCCCAUUCCCUUUUCCCAUUCUCUACCCUCAAAUCGGCAAGCCCAAGGGGAAGGAUUUAAAGGGAAAGGAUGGGGAAAACACAAAAAAAUGAAUUUAUUUUAUCUAAGCUAUGUAGCAGGAUUCACGUCCCUCUUUGCCAGUCCUUUCUCUUUCCUGUACGUAUAUGCAAUAACAAGGUUUUAAAAAAAAUAAUAAAGAAGAAGCGAGACUAUUAGACAAAGUAUUUAUGUAAUUAUUUGAUAACUCUUGUAAAUAGGUGGAAUAUGAAUGCUCGGAAAAUUAAACUUUAAUUUAUUGACAUUGUACAUAGCUCUUUGUAAAUAGCAUCGCAGCUGUCAAGUUUCGUGUUCUUGUUUUUCUUGAGUCAGUUUUAUUUCAAGGUCACAGGAUCGCUUUGAAAACUAGAAAACACACUUUCUGCACCAACACACUUUCAAAAGAGUUGUCUACAAAUUUUUUUUUUCCUUUUUUAAUGUCCAAGAGUGGGGGAAAGCGUUAGUGCGCAUUUUACCCAAAAUUGGCAAGAUGGUUCCACUUCUCAACCCCACCUUAAAUUCUUUCAACUCUAACACCCUAAGUGCUUCUGAGAUUGCUUGGGGGGGGGGGGG